CCACAAGGGAAGGGAGGUUCCCAUCGAAGGGGAUGAUCGUUCUCCACUGCCGGCCACCUGAGGGAGUCCCUGCAGCUGAGGUGGAAUGGCUAAAGAAUGAGGAGCCCAUUGAUUCUAACCUGGAUGAGAACAUUGACACCAGAGCAGACCACAACCUCAUCAUCCGGCAGGCUCGCCUGUCUGACUCGGGGAACUACACCUGCAUGGCUGCCAACAUCGUUGCCAAGAGAAGGAGCAUGUCUGCCACAGUCGUGGUGUAUGUGAAUGGAGGUUGGUCGUCAUGGACGGAGUGGUCGAACUGCAACGCGCGGUGUGGCCGCGGCUGGCAGAAGCGGUCACGGACCUGCACCAACCCUGCGCCCCUCAACGGAGGUGCCUUCUGUGAAGGAAUGUCAGUGCAGAAAAUAACCUGCACUUCUCUUUGCCCUGUGGAUGGCAGCUGGGAGGUGUGGAGUGAGUGGUCUGUGUGCAGCCCGGAGUGUGAGCACCUGAGGGUCCGGGAGUGCAUCUCUCCUGCUCCCAGGAACGGGGGGAAGUUCUGCGAGGGCUUGGGCCAGGAGUCAGAGAACUGCACCGAUGGGCUCUGCAUUCAAGAUAAAAAACCUCUUCAUGAAAUAAAAUCCCAAAAUAUCGAGACUGCCAGUGACAUUGCCCUGUACUCUGGCCUGGGAGCAGCAGUCAUUGCUGUAGCUGUGCUGGUGGUUGGCGUUACCCUUUACAGACGGAGUCAGAGUGAGUACGGCGUGGAUGUGAUUGAUUCAUCUGCACUGACAGGAGGCUUCCAGACAUUUAAUUUUAAAACAGUCAGACAAGGUAACUCCCUGCUGUUGAACUCAUCCAUGCAGCCUGACCUGACAGUGAGCAGGACAUACAGUGGCCCCAUCUGCCUGCAAGAUCCCAUGGACAAAGAGCUCAUGACAGAGUCCUCACUGUUCAACCCACUGUCAGACAUCAAAGUCAAGGUUCAGAGUUCAUUCAUGGUGUCCCUGGGGGUGACAGAGAGGGCUGAAUAUCAUGGAAAGGCGCAUCCUGGAACUUUUCCCCAUGGGAAUAACAGAGCUUUUGGCACAAUACAGGCUAGGAACAAGGCCACAUACAUUCAGAACCUGUCUUCUAUGUCAACAAGUGAGCUGAAGACUACUGCCAUUUUCGGACACCUGGGUGGCCGUUUAGUGAUUCCAAACACAGGAGUCAGUCUGUUGAUCCCACAUGGAGCUAUCCCUGAGGAGAGUUCAUGGGAAAUCUAUCUUGCCAUCACUCAGAAGGAGUCCAGCCUACAGCCUGAAGGCACAGAUGUUCUUCUAGGUCCAGAAGUAACCUGUGGGCCCUCAGAGGUGUCUGUCAGCACUCCCUUUGCCUUGACUAUACCACACUGUGCAGAAGUGAAUUCAGAGCACUGGAAUAUCCACUUGAAAAAAAGGACACAGCAAGGAAAAUGGGAGGAAGUGAUGUCUGUGGAAGAGGAAACUACUUCUUGCUACUGCCUGUUGGAUCCUUAUGCCUGUCACAUUCUCUUAAACAGCUUUGGAACUUAUGCUCUUAUUGGGGAACCCAUCUCUGACUGCGCCGUUCGACAGCUGAAAGUAGCGGUUUUUGGCUGCCUGUCUUGCAAUUCUCUGGAUUACAAUCUGAGAGUGUAUUGUAUGGAUAACACCCCUUGUGCUUUCCAGGAAGUUGUUUCAGAUGAGAGACUCCAAGGAGGACAAUUGCUGGAGGAACCUAAGCUGCUGCAUUUCAGAGGGAAUACCUUCAGUCUCCAGAUAUCUGUCCUUGAUAUCCCUCCUUUCCUUUGGAGAAUCAAACCAUUUACAGCAUGUCAGGAAGUCUCCUUCUCCCGCGUGUGGUGCAGCAGCUCCAAGCCGCUGCGCUGUGCCUUCUCCCUGGAGCGCUACAGCCCUGCCACCACCCAGCUCUCCUGCAAGAUCUGCGUGCGGCAGGUCAAAGGCCACGAGCAAAUCCUGCAGAUCCAGACGUCCAUUCUAGAGAAUGAGAGAGAGACCAUCGCUUUCUUCGCACACGACGACAGCAACUUCCCUGCACAAAUGGGUCCCAAAGCCUUCAAAAUCCCCUACUCUAUCAGACAACGAAUCUGUGCCACCUUCGACACGCCCAACGCCAAAGGCAAAGACUGGCAGCUGUUAGCACAAAAAACCAGCAUUAACAGGAACCUCUCCUACUUUGCUACCCAAAGCAGUCCAUCUGCAGUCAUCCUGGACCUGUGGGAAGCUCGGCAUCAGCACGAUGGUGACCUUGACUCCCUCGCCUGUGCCCUGGAGGAAAUAGGAAGGACACACUCCAAAAUCUCAGACAUCACAGAAACUGAGCUGGAGGAGCCUGACUUUAGCUACAGCAAAGAGAAUGGACUCUAGUCACUUUUCUCCACUCAAGAACUGACGGCCAGCUUUGACUGACACUAGAGAUUCUGGUUGGCAGGGAGGACACGAGGGGUUCUGCACAGUGAGUAUGGAAACAGACACUCAUUUCCACCAUGUAGCUUUGAGUUGCAGGAGCAGAAGCAGCCCUAAUUAAAAUCACCUCAGUCACAAGGAAAAACAGGAGCUUCUCCCUGUCCUCUCCAGCUAAAAAUUCAUGUUUAACGUCAAAAACAAACCUACACAUCUGCCAGUCCUGGGGCAAGAGGAGGUGAGACAGAGCCAUAAAAGGUGAAUGUGAUGACAUCAGGACGUAUUUAGGGUAUCAGUGCUGAUGUGCUACCUAGUGAAAAUCAGCCCACACAAACAGGGAGCAUUUAGAGCCUCUGGAGGUUGAUCCUAGCUGAUGACUUUUUGUUCUGGGGGCCUUGAGUCCCCUUCCUCCUGCAUCUCUCAACUCAGCACACCAAAAGAGUGGGUUUCAAAUGUCAUCAUGUUGUCACUGCCUAUCUGCUACAGGAGGACUGAAAGUCUGGACUAGUCCUGGUCCAGGUGUUUGAAGGAAUUAGAAGAUCUCCCAACAACUCUUUAAUUGCUGUAAUGCCUGUUCCAAACAAUUCCCUUUAAAAAAUUCAAUCCCUCACCAAGGGUACAUUUGCUGCAGAGCUUCUGCUGCCUGUUCUACUAACAAGGGACAGGACAAAGCCUUCUCUGGGAAACUAGUGUGUGUGAGAGGGAGGUUUGCUAAAGUUCUCAGUCUGCAAACAUUCACUUAAUCCAAAAAUAUUUAUUUGGGGGUGGAUUUAAGGAACCAAAUAGCACACAGGAAACUGCCAGCCCUGUUUUGGCGAGUUCACACUUCAGGGUUUUUUUCUGUUACUUCAUGUUCCUGGGGCUCAACUAAAAAGAAAAGGCAAAGUCAAUCAGCAGCUUAAUUUUGCUUCAGUUUCAGAUAAAAACAACCACCACCACACGCUACUGCCAAGCUGGCUGUGUCACACCUGGGUUAGCUACAAGCAUCCUGCAUUUCCUACCACAACCAGGAUCUAACUAGAGAGUUCUUCUUUUUUGUCUUUCAUCCAUUUCAUCCAAAAUGAAUUUAUUCCUUCAACUGAACCAAAAAGAGAGCUGUCCCUCUGAGUGUCUUAGUGAAACUGGUGCAGAGCCAAAUUUAACCAGGCUUUUUACUACUAUAUUCUGCAAAACUAGUCUAGGUGCUCAUUAGCCCUGGCCCUAGGCUGUCACUUUCAGAGACAGGAACACAACAAUCACUAAAAGUAGGAACAGAAAUGAUACCUUAGGAGCUUUAAAAUGCAAAGCAUUGAAAAUGAGCAUUUGGGGUGGGGGCUACUCACAGAAUCAACCAGGUUGGAAGAGUCCUCUAAGGUCAUCCAGUCCAACCUAUCAUCCAGCACUAAGUGCCCCAUCCAGUCUUUUCUUGAACACCUCUAGGGAUGGUGACUCCACCACCUCGCCGGGCAGCCCAUUCCAAUGCCAAUCACUCUCUCUGGGAAGAACUUCCUCCUCACAUCCAGCGUGGACCUGCCCUGGCACAGCUUGAGGCUGUGUCCCCUUCUUCUGUUGCUGGGUGCCUGGCAGAAGAGACCAACCCCACCCAACUACAGCCUCCCUUCAGGGAGCUGCAGACAGCAAUGAGGUCUGCCCAGAGCCUCCUCUUCUGCACACCCCCAGCUCCCUCAGCCUCUCCUCACAGGGCUGUGCUCCAGCCCCCUCACCAGCUUUGCUGCCCUUCUCUGGACACCUUCCAGCAUCUCAACAUCUCUCUUGAAUUGAGGACCCCAGAACUAGACAUUCCCAUCUUCACAGGAUCACAGAAUGUUAGGGGUUGAAAGGGACCUCCAGAGAUCAUCCAGUCCAACCCUCCUGCCAGAACAGGGCCAUAGCUCAGGUCACACAGGAACACAUCCAGACAGGUCUGGAAAGUGCCCAGAGAAGGAGGCUCCAUAACCUCUCUGGGGAGCCUGCUUCAGAGCUCCAUGACCUGUACAGUAAAGAGAUCCUUCCACUUUGGCCAGGAGCAGCAGGCUCAGCCACAGGGUAGGUACUUGGUGCAAAUACGUAAUAAUCUGAAAGCAUUUCUGUAGCCAGCCCUGAAAAGAAUGGUGAACAGGUCUUAGUGUAGGACUUGGCUGCCUCUGGCUUGAUCUGAAGUUGCAAAACUCACUGCUUUCCCAGCUCAGCAGGCUGGAACAGCCGUCGACUUAUAAAAAUACUUAGACUUCCCCAAACAUUUUCUGCACUUUAGGAUUUCAUGCAGCCUGACAGGAGAGUUCCUGUUUGCACUGGGAACUCAUAAUGGCUGCAAGCAUAUUUAAGACCCAGACAAAAAUACCAGCUUCUUUGGCAGCAAGCUGUCACUGUUUUCAGCAGCACAUGGCUCUAUCUGUGUUUGAAUUGUAUUUCUAGUGACUUCCAGUCCUCCUCCUCAGAAACCUGUUCUUCAUUGGAUAAAAUGUCAUGAAUUUAGAAGAAAAAGAAAAAAUAAGGAAUGGCAUGCACAGAAAAGCAGUGGAGCUGCUGUUGUCUAGGAAACCAGCUCCAGUCACUCUACAGCAUUAAUUUGUUCUCAGCUUCCCCUCAAAACACAGAAUCACAGCAUCAUGCAGGUUGGCAAAGCCCCUCAGGAUCACCAAGUCCAACCUAGAGCCCUGCUCUACAAGAUUCAGCUUAAACCAUAGCCUAAGGCCCCAGAUCCAAACGACCCUUCAACACAUCCAGGGUGGGUGACUGCAGCACCUCCCUGGGCAGCUCAUUCCAGUCCCUGACCACUCUCUCCAUGAAAAAGGAAAAAGUGACAAAGCUUCUUACAGUGCCAGAAAAGAAACUGUUCAGUGUGGAGUCCGAGGUAAGGGCUACAAACCCACCUUGGCCACAUGAUGCAGUGUUAGAGGAUCCUCUCACAUUUCAUUUCCACUCCCACUCCUGUAUGGGCUAUUCUGUGAACAUUCUUGCUACUAUUCUGUAUCAUUUCUUCUUCCCUAUGUCCAGCAGGAGGAGGACAGAGAGCUGCUGGAGCAAGUCCAGAGGAGGCCACAAAGAUGGUCCAAGGGCUGGAGCAGCUCUGCUCUGAGGACAGGCUGAUGAAGCUGGGGGUGUGCAGCCUGGAGCAAAGAUUCCAAAGGGACCUUAGAGCUGCUUGCCAGUACCUGAUGGGCUCCUCCACAAAGGCUGCAGAGAGACUUUUUCAUUGAGGGUGUCUAGAGACAGGCCAAGCUGAGGGAGAGCAGGGUUAGACUGGAUCUUAGGAAUAAGAUGUGGUGAGACUGGAAUAGGCUGCCCAGAAAGGUUGUGGCUGCCUCCUCCCUGGGGAUGUUCAACACCAGGUUGGAUGAGACCUUAAGCAGCCGAGUCUAGCUGAGGGGUGUCCCUGCCCACAGUGGGCAGGUUGGAGCAGAUGAUCUCUGAGGUCUCUCCCAGCCUAAGCCAUUCUGCGAAGAUUCCAGCCAGCUGCCCUGACUCUGACACGGUGAAAUAGCUAUUUUGAUUUUGCAUCACCACAGAAUCUACUCCAGUUUACUUUCAUCUUCCUAAGCAUGUUUUUCCCCCUCAGAUAUUUCUUUGUUCUGAGUCAUUUCAGACCAAUAGCUGCAUUUUUAAAAUGACUUACAAUUAUGUCACUCAAAUGGUCCAGGCUCCCAGCCCCACCAGGCUGCAGCACUCUAAAGCUAAACUACAGAGUUUUAGUUUUCUUUUUUUACAACCCCUGCUUUUGAAGUUUCCCCAGUUUACAUCCAAAUCCUUUAUGCCACCAGGAAAAGGAAGCCUGCUCUGAAGAUUUAAAUUUGACUUCAGUUACCAGAGCAAGUCCCAUAAAACCCGGAUGUUCUCCCACAAAAAAUUUCCUGGCCUUUUUGGUAACAGGUGGAAAGUUAUCCACACCAUUCUCCUAAAAUACAGGUGACCAUUCUGGUUGUUAAUUUUUCUCCCUGGCAGCAGCAGUUCUCCUCCCCUACAGUGCCCAGCUUGUGUUCAGUAGGCUAAGAGAAGCUUAUCCAGUGUGAAUCACUGGAGGAUGGAUCCUGUCCUAGGACCAGGAAUUAACAUCAAACCAAAGGGCUGUUCUUAAUUUGCCAGUUGGAAGGUAGUGCUGCAUGAGAGGUGUAAAACUUUCAGUGGCCAAUCCCAGAUCAUAUUCUCUACUUCAGUAGUCAGUGGAGCUGUCAGUGAGGAACUGUUGCAGAUUUUUUUCCAUGAUCAGGGCUCAGUUAUUUUUUCCCCAGUCUUUUUCUGCCUGUAAAACACGAUUUAAGCAAAGGGCUGCAUAGUCCCUUGGCUGGGUGUGGUAGUUUGAGGGAUCUUGGGUCUCCCUUAACAAAAUGCUAGGGUCAGAGACCAUCCCAGGGGGAGGGACCUGAGAUACAAAACUAUUCAGAAGGAAAAGGUGAAGAAUCUUUCUGCCUCCCUAAUCUAGACAUAAAUUAACUGAGUGGAAAACAGGAGGCUGCUUCUAAGUCUCGAAGGGUUCAAGGCUGGGUUGGAUAGGGCCUGGAGCAACCUGGUCUAGUGGAAGGCGUCCAGACAGCACCUGCAGCCACAAAUAAAACUCAAUACACUGAAUGAUGAUUUUAACCUGGUCUAGUGGGAGGUAUCCCUACCUGCAGCAGUUGGAACUAGAUAAUCUUCAAGGUCCCUUCCAACCCCAACCCAUUCUAGGAAUCUGAAGAUUUGCCUUUCCAGCCUUUCCUUGACUCGUUUGAAUUGUACUCAAUGACUUCUCCCAUGUUUUACACAGCAGCAGAAGUGGUUUAAUGUGACUCACUGAAAACCUUUUCUACUUUAAACCUGCUGAGGAACAUUUCUGAGGGGCUGCUCAUUUCUGGUUCAUGCUUUGGUAGAAUUACUCCCCAGACACUAUUCCUGCUUCAGAAGAGGCUGGCAAGGUUUCCACAGAACAUGGCACCAAUAUCCUUUCUGGGAUGCAUAAUGAUUGCCUAGGGAAAAUGGCUUAAAAUAGGAAGGACUCCUGAGCAAACAGGAACCUAAACCACUGCCACACCACACCUGUAGCCACAAAUAGAACUCAGUAUACCGGAGAAAGAUGAUGAAUGAUUUUAACCUGGGCUAGUGGGAGGUGUCCCUGCCCAUUGGCAGGGGGGUUGGAACUGGCUGAUCUUUAAGGUCCCUUCCAACCCAAACCAUUUGAAGCUUCUACUGAUUUUUCUAAUAUCUCCCAGUCUAGCUCUCUUAUUACCAACACCAGCAUAAAUGGGGGCCAAAAUCUCCUUUCUCACGUGUACAGUGGUACAUCAAAUGGCUCUAAGAUUACAGACUCACUUAGAGAGUCAAUCACUGGCUGGUGACAGUGUCUGCAGCGCAGAAAAGUGAACAGAUGUUCUGCUUAUUACCACAAGUGAAGAGAUAUCUGUCAGUAUUCCGUGUUCACUGUUCUGUCCAAACAGAAACUAGAUGUCUAGGAAUUUGCCACUAUAGAUUUCUUUUGUAUUAGAGGUGACUAGUGCAGGCUCUGCUAGUGUUUCUCGUCUGGGGCUCGGGUGGGUAGGGGUCUGUUGUAAUUUUUCAAGCUAUUGCAGAAGCUGCUUUUAACCUAAGCUGUUCAGUUGUCUUGAAUAACUGGUUUGUGCUUCACAAGGGAAUCCAGGUGAGCCAGGAUUCAAUGGGUAGCCUCCUUGCCUUGCUGUCACAGGGUAACUAGAGCUGAAGUCACUUGUGAUAACUUAGCUGCGGGACAGGGAGCUUAGAUGCCCCCUUCCCCGAACUGUAAUGUUGUGUACUGUAACCUGCCAAGAUUAGACACUCACCUCCUGUAGAACCGUGGUUUUGUCAGCAGCUGCUUAGUUUGUCUGCCCCUGGUGUGAUAACCGUGGUUGAGAAUAGAAUGUACUUCUGCAGAUUUGAGAAGAUGUCAAAGCCUUGUGUUAUCUCUCUGGUCUCUGUAUAUAAAUCUUAUUGUCUAAUCCCAAAAGGGAAAUGUGUAGCACAAGAGGAAGUUGGUUAAGGGGGUUCUGCACCAAGCCUGGAGGGCUGGGGGAAGACACAGAUCUAAAAGCAAGAAGGUUUUCUACUAACCUCUCACUUGGAACUGACUGCAGCUUGGGGUUUGCAGUUGAAAACAGGUGUAAAACCUGGUAUGUCCAUACUGAGCUUUGGAAGAUGAACCUCAUGGUGAACUCUUCAAGCAAUUCCUUGCUCUUCCCCCAUUUGUUGCACUGAAGUUGGAGGGAGGAAGAUUUUUACACGAAGCUGUAAGACUUCAGUCUGAACCCCAGCUCCCAUUGCUGAACCUCACAACGUUCCCCAUGCACCAGUAAGCAGCACACACACAUAUUCCAGCCUCACUGGGGAUGUGGCCUAUGCAUACUUCUGGUGUGUACUUGGGAAGAGCAAGAUGUCAUCAUGUUUGUGAGCUGGGAGAUGCAGCUGCCUCCUCCCACCUCAGGUGAGUUGAUGCCCACUGUGAUUCUCCUGAUCUGGAUUUGGUAAGCAUACAUCUUUUGUCAGUUUGGAUGAAGUCAGGUGUGCUGCUGGUCAGCCUGGUGAGACCUGGACCAGCCUUACAGCUGACUAGAGCUAACUGAACAAUUUCAAUUGCGUUCUCAGCCACCCAAACUCUUGACCAGCAAAACAGAGGGAGGGGUGACCUCAACCUAAUCAAAUACAGAAUAAACAAAGACAAAAAACCCCAUACAGAAUAAACAAAGCUAAAACCCCACAAGUAUUCUAGAGACCUAUUUUCUCUUCUGCUCCUUUAUUUUUGAAAUGAAUUUUCUGGAAAUGUUGGUUCUUGCUCAUCUGACUUGCUCAUUCUUCCCUCCCUCCACCCCCUUCUCCCCACGGUUUCAGUGUGUUUAGGACUGAAAAAAAGAGCAGAGGUUGGAAUGCUUUCUUUAGUAUGAAGGUGAAGGAGUAGGGAAGAGACAGAAGAACAUGAAAUAAAUACAAACAAAAGCAUGGCCUUGGCUUCAUACCACACUUUCUGUGCCUUGUUCUAUCAAUGUAAAUUCUGAAUGUUGUACAGUAAAAUACUUGGGAAAGAGACUCCUUGGAAAAGGCUGCACUGGCUUCUUUUUUUUUCAGCACAUGUACAUAUAUAAAUAUCUAUACAUAUAUAUAUUUGGUAAUGCCAAACAGCUGUGUUAUAUUGUACUGGGAAACCAACCAAGCGGAAUAAGGGACAGUUUGGAUGUUUUAUGUAGAGUUUGCAGAAGUUGUAUGGCUCUAGCCUUUUGGAGAGAAAAAUGUACAGAGGUAAAUUACUGCAUAUGUUAUUUAUGAAUAAAGAGUCUUUUACUGACA